AUGCCUAGUGACUCAUGCAAAAGUCACACAACAAACCAAUUCCAGAGCAAAGUUCUUGAGACCCCAGCCAGGCUGCUUUCCAUUUCAGAGGGCAGUUCUGGCACCAAGCACUGCCAAAGCAUCCUGUCCGUGUGUGCAGCUGGGGUAACCUCCGGCCGGCGGCGCGGAGGAGCGUGUGUGGCUCGCAGGCUGCGGCCCGGAGGCUGCUGGCACCUCGCAUCUCAUUUGCAGCUCCGGGUUCAGCCACAGAUUGUUCUCUGGGGCCGGACUGAGAAAUGCCUGAAGGAGACGACGGAGGAGAUUCGGCAGAUGGGCACCGAGUGUCACUACUUCAUCUGCGACGUGGGCAACCGGGAGGAGGUGUACCAGACGGCCAAAGCUGUCCGUGAAAAGGUGGGUGACAUCACCAUCCUGGUGAACAACGCCGCCGUGGUCCAUGGGAAGAGCCUGAUGGACAGUGACGAUGAUGCCCUCCUCAAGUCCCAGCACAUCAACACCCUGGGCCAGUUCUGGACCACCAAGGCCUUCUUGCCACGCAUGCUAGAGCUGCAGAACGGCCACAUCGUGUGCCUCAACUCUGUGCUGGCGCUGUCCGCCAUCCCCGGCGCCAUCGACUACUGCACGUCCAAAGCAUCAGCCUUCGCCUUCAUGGAGAGCCUGACCCUGGGGCUGCUGGACUGUCCGGGCGUCAGCGCCACCACCGUCCUGCCCUUCCACACCAGCACUGAGAUGUUCCAGGGCAUGAGGGUCAGGUUUCCCAACCUCUUCCCUCCGCUGAAGCCGGAGACGGUGGCCCGGAGGACAGUGGAAGCCGUGCAGCUCAAUCAGGCCCUCCUGCUGCUCCCGUGGACGAUGCACGCCCUCAUUAUCCUGAAGAGCAUACUCCCACAGGCUGCUCUCGAAGAGAUCCACAGAUUCUCAGGAACCUACACCUGCAUGAACACUUUCAAAGGGCGGACAUAGAGGCAGGACGCGGAGAUACGCUGGAGGAGCCACAGAGCCUGAGGGGGUCAUGGCACCUGGACUCACACCCACGUGCCUGUCCCUUGGCACACUUCUGCUGCAUGAGCAGGACUGCUCCUGUCCCCAGGGAAGAAUCUGGCUGCCUCCCAGGCCAGCUCCAGGACCUUUGCACAGGACUGAUGGGUGCAACUCUGACCCCAGUGAGGAGGCAAUAAACCAGCCAGCAGCCGCCUUGACACUUUUGUACAUUUCUAAUUCUGUAGAGUUUAUUGUUAAAUUGCUUCUCAAGUCUAACCAGCCUCAGCAGUGUGUGUAGACUAUUCCAGGAGGGUCUGCCCCCAGAUCUCCACCUUCCCCUCCAAAACCCACUCAUCCUCAGCUUGCACAAACUGGUUGAACGGCAGGAAGGAAAAAUAAAGAGAUACGGCUUUUACGAG